AGUCUCCUUGUGCGCUGCUGAGCCAUCUGGAAUCCUCCUCUCGCUCCCCGUCUUCUCCGGCCGAUUCCUCCUGCCCCUGCCUUCACCCCACCACCCCACUGCCGGCCCCGCCCCGAACCCCGGAGAAGAAUCGAGACGGCGUCAACCUCUCGACCCUCCCCGUCGACAUGGAGGUACUCCGCUCCAUCCUCUCUUGCUUCUCCUCCCGCUCCCGCACCCGCGCCCGCGCCCAAUCCCACGCGCUGUGGUCGAGCGGGGCCAGCGACAAGAACAAGUCCAUGGUCGAGCAGCUGCGGAGGUACGGGAUCAUCCGGUCCAGCAAGGUCGCCGAGGUGAUGGAGGCUGUCGACAGGGGGCUCUUCGUGCCACCAGGCGGCUCGCCCUACUUUGACAGCCCCAUGCCGAUCGGGUACAACGCCACGAUAUCGGCGCCGCACAUGCACGCGGCCUGCCUGGAGCUCCUGGAGAAGAAUCUUCAGCCGGGGAUGCGGGCUCUCGAUGUUGGAUCAGGCACUGGAUACCUAACUGCUUGCUUUGCACUGAUGGUUGGAUCGGAAGGGCGAGCAGUUGGCGUUGAACAUAUUCCAGAGUUGGUUGAUACUUCUAUUGAAAAUAUCAAGAAAAGUGGAGCAGCUCCACAGCUAAAUGAUGGAGCUCUUAGCAUACACGUUGCUGAUGGCAGGGAAGGGUGGCCAGAGCUGGCACCCUAUGAUGCCAUCCAUGUAGGAGCUGCAGCGCCGCAGAUCCCAGAGGCGCUGGUUGAGCAGUUGAAGCCUGGUGGCAGGAUGGUGAUCCCGGUUGGGACAAUGUUCCAGGAGCUCAAGGUGGUGGACAAGAAGCUGGAUGGCACAGUCAGCGUAAGAGAUGAGACGUCUGUGCGCUAUGUGCCGCUUACCAGCAAGGAAGCUCAAUUGCACGCAAACUGACUGCGCUUAAUGCACCACCUUGUCAGCUCAGGCCUUUGAUGAUUCGACUGAUCGAAUCAUUAUUGUUGUACAUAAAUUGAUCCUACUGUGUCUAGUGCGUGCACUUUUGAAAUAAUGUAAAAUGAUAUAUCAUCAUGAAGUGAUUGUUACUGUUCAUCUUUUGAUCUGUU